AGGGUAGAAAGUGCGCUGUCAGAAAGGUUCGUGUAAGACUCAAGCUUGAUUUUGCUUUUUUUUUUUCCCCACGCCUUAUUUGAUUGAUUUAUUUCCAGGUGACCAAUGAGAUCACUCCAGUGCUGACGUAUUCCUACAUGGCUGUGCUGGUACCAGCCUUCCUGCUAACGGAUCUUCUGCGUUAUAAGCCGGUCCUGAUUAUUCAGGGCGUCAGUCAGGUGAUCAUCUGGAUCAUCCUGCUGCUUGGCGGUACGCUGCUUCAGAUGCAGUUCAUGGAGUUCUUCUACGGCAUCACCAUGGCCUGCCGUGUCGCCUACUCCUCCUACAUCUUCUCCCUGGUCAACCCGGUCUUCUACCAGCGCGUGGCCGGCUACUCGCGCUCCUCAGUCCUCCUGGGGGUUUUCACCAGCUCUAUCCUGGGCCAGCUGUGCAUGUCCUUGGGAAACAUCACCUUCUACACCCUCAACAGUAUCUCUCUGGGGUUUGUCAGCUUUGGUUUGCUGCUCUCACUCUGCCUGCCCUGGCCUAAACGCUCCUUGUUUUUCAACCGGACGAAUCAGGAGGAAAAGGAACUGGUAGAAGUAGCCACCAAAUCUGAACUGGACAAAAUGGACCCAAAAGAUGGAGGGCCAUCCUUUGCUGCCCCUCCAUGUCCUGCGUCAACCUGGAAGGAUUCUGUGUUUAUGCAGAUGCUUCUGGAGGUUAGAAAUGUGCUGAAGAGGCCAAACCUGAGGCUCUGGUCCCUGUGGUGGGUGUUCAACUCCACAGGGUAUUACCUGGUGCUCUUCUACGUCCACAUCCUGUGGAACAAAGUCUACCCUGCCACUGAGAACAAGAACGUUUACAAUGGGGGAGUGGAAGCAGCUUCUACAUUGCUCAGUGAGACAUUUCCAGACAUUUUUAAAAAAUACUUCCGAAGCUUCUACCAGUUUCUGGUGCCUAUUGCCACUUUCCAGAUUGCAUCGUCACUCACCAAGGAGCUCUGCGCUCUUGUGUUUGGUAUCAACACCUUCUUUGGGACAGUGCUGAAGACCAUUAUCAGCCUGAUCUUCACUGAUAAGAGGGGCCUGGCCUUGGACGUGCACUCUCAGUUUCUGGUGUACUUCUUUUACUUCACUCUUCUUACUGUCGUCUACUUUGCCUGCGCUGCUGUGGUCAUCUGCCGUCACUACCGAAACGAGCGGAGGGGAGGAGUAACCAGGGACCAGCCCACGCCCACGGAGCUCAGCCCUGUGGUGACAAACAAGGAGCUAGAACCUUUGUCUAAUGGCAAACGUGCCUAACUCUAAACACAAGGAGAAACAUGUCGUUCCAUAACAUUGUUAGACCAGUUUUACUAAUAAGCUCGUGAGAGUCACUGAGAUCAGUGUUUUAGCCCCUUCACACACUCAGGUGGGUUCAGUGAUGCCUCUGAGCCUCAAUCAGAAGUGCCUCGUGUGCAGCGACUCCAAGAGUGCAGCAGCUUGUCUGAUGUCUGAGGAGAGAUUUUCUAGAGUAAUUUACUUUAAAAAAAAAAGUCACUUUGGUGUUUUUAGACAUUGCUAAAGCAGCCUGGGACCUUUAAUGUCACAACCAAGAUUUCUUAGAAAACACGAAACAACCGUGUGAUAUAUGCUGGAGUGAUUCUUUUCUAUAUUCAAGGCUCACGAGACAUGACCACACUUGUUUUUAAUAAAACACUCCUAUUGUACUUUGUUACAAUUACUGUGUUAGUGGCAUUUUUAAAGAACAUAUGAGUAUGAAUAUACCUUAGUUAUUGAUGAUGAUUAUCACAGUCUGACAUCAGUGUUGUGGGAUCAGUGAGAUCUUCUUCACUGCUGAUAAUUUCAAGCAGCAAACUGCAGAUUUAUGCAGUGUGCUCUGCUCAAUGCAAUGUUGUCUGCUGUCUGUUUGUAUUGCAGGAGCAGCGCCACAGACGAUUGCAAUAAUCUUCAUUUGAUACAAUGAUUUCUUUUUCUUUUUUUUAGGACUAAUUAACAUUUCUAUACAUCUUUACAGAAAAUUCAAACCUGUUCUCAAAUUUCAGUACCUCAGUCAACUGGAGCUGCUCGUGAGUUUGUCGAUAAGUUCAGUAAACAACAAACCAAGUGAAAUUUGUAAAACCUGAUUUUAUUUAUUUUUGGUCAAUAAAUGGCUGUUUUUCUUUCUUUUUCUUGUGUUUAACAUUUAAACAUGCUGGGUCAGUGCUGUAGAGCAGCGGUUCUCAAAGCUGGGUCUGUGAUUCUUUGGAAAAGCAACAUGUCAAGCUUUUUACUUCCACACUUAGUAACUUUGGCUCAGUAGAAGAGCAUGUUACAUAUCAGAAGAUUUAAACAUUAAUAGAAAACUUAAUGAGGGGAUUCCUUGGAAAGGCUCUCCCCUCUAAAGGGCCACUGACCCCAGAGAACCGGAGAACACUCGAGCCAACAGGAAGUUCAGCGGAUAUGUUAAGUAGGUUUUAAAAUGACUUUGCUUGAUCACUUAAACAGAAGAUUGAGUUCUUUCUUACAGCAGAUGCAAUGGUAGUUUGUGUUUACUGCAUUGAGUAUUCAGUGAUACAUUUACUGUAUAGAUUUGUUCUCUAGUUCAGUGUUAAGUGCAUUUUCACUUGUUGUAAAAUCAGGAAUAUCUGCACUGCCAUUGUGUCGUUUUAGUAUUUGAAGGGUUAAACUGCAGUAGGUAACAUGAUGCAGAGUUUUGUGAUUGAAAUCAUUGCUGAAAAAUGACUAAACGUGUCUGAGUGCUGUAACGAGGAAAUGAGAUGUUUAUUUUUUAUUCACAAAUAAAUUACUGAGUGGAUAAAAA